UCAUUCCCCCGCGCGGUGCCGCCGCCGCUCUCACCGGGCUCCCACAGAACGGCUUUGUCCUCCCGCUACGGCGCCCGCUGCCCUGCUGGGAAAUUCUUCCUAUAUGGAUCAGCCUUCUAGUGAUGGUGCAGCUGGAAGAAGACCACUCUAAGCAAACCCAGGAUGAAUCGGGUGCCAGGUGAUACAGAAAAUGCUCACAGCAGCAGUGUGGAAUCCUGUCCUUCCUUGCGGGAUGUCCACUCCAUCAACCCAGCGCAGCUGAUGGCAAGGAUCGAGUCAUAUGAAGGCAGAGAGAAGAAAGGCAUAUCAGAUGUCAGAAGGACUUUCUGUUUGUUUGUUACAUUUGAUCUCUUAUUCAUAACCUUGCUGUGGAUAAUAGAAUUAAAUGUAAAAGGAGGCAUUGAGACUACCUUAGAGAAAGAAGUCCUACAAUAUGACUACUCUUCUUCAUAUUUUGAUAUAUUUCUACUGGCAGUCUUUCGAUUUAAGGUGUUAAUACUUGCAUAUGCAAUGUGCAGACUGCGCCAUUGGUGGGCAAUAGCUUUUACAACAGCAGUGACCAGUGCCUUUUUAUUAGCAAAAGUAAUUAUUUCACAGCUGUUCUCACAGGGUGCUUUUGGCUACGUGCUGCCCAUCAUAUCCUUCAUACUUGCUUGGAUUGAAACUUGGUUCUUGGACUUCAAAGUGUUACCACAAGAAGCUGAAGAAGAAAAUAGAUUUUUGAUAGCACAAGAUGCUUCUGAACGAGCAGCUCUCCUUCACCCAGGAGUCCUCUCUGAUGGGCAGUUCUAUUCUCCUCCUGAAUCUGUUGCAGGAUCUGAUGAAGAAUCUGAAGAAAAACAAGACAGUGAAAAACCAGUUGUAUAGCAGAUAUGAAAAAGCAG